AUGGAGGUUGAUUUUACCCCAGCUUCUCGAAGAGGCCAACGACCGUCAGCUACGUCUUCUGGGCGGCGCGAUUGGUCUCAAGGAUACCCUAUGAGUACAACAAUGUCAGAAUCGCAGUGCGAUCCAGGCCCGGCAUAUGGCACUCUCUGGCGACAAUAUGAAUCCUUUCCGGAGAUCGAGUCGACAUUUGACCCAGAUCCGAUGUCCGUGCCUGAGAUUGAUGGUCAGGCUUCCGAGGCCAGAUCAACGCGGCCGACAGCCGCUCCCUCACAGCCCGUUCUAGUCCGAGCUUUCACCAGCGAUGAAGCUCGUGCCUUGACGUCCAGAUUGCCGGUCAUGUCUCCCCGUCGACUGAUUCCAUUCUUUCGGUCCAAGACAUCGCCUUUGCCUGCAGCGCCGGGCCCGCCACUACCGUCUGAUGAAGACUUCAGUAUUGACAGUAUACUGCAGGCCAUCGAUGCUGAUAUCACCGGUACGCUGGACUCCAUCGCUGAGAUAUGCGGCCGAAGCAAGCUGAGUCUGUCCAAUGAGUAUGACAGUCACAUUGCCCCCCUAGGCGAGAUUCGCGCUUCUUCGGCAGGAGGCUUGGGACCGGUCAAUGAAGCGAGCGCAAUGGACGCAGAUCGAGCCGCCGAUGAAAAUGUCAUGAUGGUGGAAGACAGACCGAUCAUCGGAGGAGACUCACGAGAAAUUCAAUCCUUGAAGUUCUUCUAUUACCUCGGAAACGUUCAAUACGCAGAGACCGUCCCAGAAAGGAGCGCAGGUUCUCCAGCCUUGGUGGCAGCGCGUAAUGCCAACGUCGUUGAGCAGCCACCGUUGGCUACUAGACCUGUAGAGGUACCUUUACCAACAAUUUUUGAAUACCCAACUAGAGCAGGGCCUUCUGGUCGAAGUCUCUUGGGCCAAUACGAUGUUGCAGGAAAUGCCGCAACCUCACAGCAUGAUAUGUUCACUCACGCUCUCGUCUCGGAAGUUCACCUCGAUGCGCAGGACAAUGAGCGGCGUCGCAGUGCUGAACAAAGGGUACACCAUCAUGUACGCCGUACAGUGGAUGGUGCAGAUUCAAUCUACGGCUGGACCAAAAUCAAUUUCAUUCAGUCAAUGCUUGGAUGGCUGAAUUUACACAAUGGAGGAACGGAUUCUCACUCGCAGCCUAAGUUCAGGUCCGCAGAGGAUCGUCUGCGAGCUAUGCUCAGACAAGCCGCCGAAGAGCAAACUUCUUUGCCUGCGGCUUAG